UUAUCGAGCGCUUGCCAAGAGUUGCGGAUGUGUUGUAGUAGCGCUAGGAAAUACCAAGCCGGUGCUUUACCUAGCCGGGCCGCGGGGCAGACAGACGCGGGUCAUGGCUGGAACACCGGGGUUGGCCCCAUCCCGCUACCGCUACCCUCUCCCCCUGCCCGCAAGCCGACAAUGCGAGUCGAUGAUGCUGUUACGGUAUUUCUAUUUUUGGUCCCAAAACGAAGUAAGACAUAGAUGGAAGAUGUCACCGCACACCGGCCCGUGGUGGUGGUGGUGGCCCACUGUUGGGUCGGCCGACUGUCUUAAAUCAUCUGCCAAAAUGCCAAGGGGCUCGAAGAAACCGAAGUCGACAUCGUUGCGUCGUCGCCGUCCGGUGCCUUAGACUCGACGGUUUUGCGGACAGUUCAUUUACAUGGCGACACGAGUUGAGCCUGCGAGUCUGGCCAGAUUUUGGGCUAAAGUUGCAGGGGUUUUCGACCGAUCCAGCCGACACGAUCUCACACACACACACACGCGCGCUCACACAUUCUCAGGCAUUCUGCAAAUGGGUUCGAUUGCAUCACCGACCGACCUGAGCACCUGAGCUGUGUGUAUUUAUGUACAAGGGGGCCGUCCUGUCUUGCGCCCGCGUCCACUUCUUGUCACUCCUGACGGAUGAUUCACACGCGCGCACAGCGGGCUGCGUGAGCGCUACCACGGCACGCACCGCACCGCAGUAAGAGCACCAUUGUCAGCUGUUCGGUUCGGGACGUCAUGCCCGUUCACCGCUUCGCGCAGCUCGCACGCCAAACACUCCGGCUUCCCGCAUUUAGCGCUCGGGGAUCUAGAGCGUGCCCCGCGCGGCCGCGCACGUCAAAGCGGGGGAAUGCUAUUUUGAGGAAUUUAGCCGAAAAAUGCGCACACUCCAAGAGAGCGAGAGAUACACACACACACACCGAGGGGUUGUGUGAGCGCAUCUCUCGCGCGGCUAUCUCUUCAUGUCUGCCGCGAUUUUUUGGCCCGUUUUCGUAUGGUUUUCUUCCCUUUUUUGCUGCUGCUGCUGCUGCUACAACGGAUACAGUACACGGGACACCCAUCGGGACAGGUGGAUUGACCGCGGCGCGGGAUGAACCGGGGGCGGCAAACACUCUCCCGGUUGAACUAGCCACACUACCAGAACCAACAGCAAAAAAAACGCACACACAGGGAAAAUACGGCCGAUACGGUACUGCUGGUCUUUGGCGGCUCAGUUUAAAAGUGUCCGCCGCCAGCAACGGUACACCAGGGCCAGUCCCUGGCGUGUGUAUGUGUGUAUGUGUGUGUGAGUGCGUGUGUGCGUUUGUCCCGUACCGUUUGCCGUGUCCUGUGCCGCUCCGGUCGCAAUCAAAGUGAAAGAAACACUGAAUAAUUAUUACGACACUAUCUGGUCCAACACCUCGAACACACUGUGACGUGUGGUGGUAGCUUAUCGCCUGAUCAGUUGGGCACCAGCAGAACUACCUGCAAGGUGCGCGUGCGGGUCCUUUCCGUUGACCGCAAGUAACCUUGCCCAUUUGUCCAAGCAGCUCGCCGCCCGUUCGACUGGUCUGGCUCUGUGCGCGCGUGCUGCUGUGUGUCUUUCUGCGUGCGCGCGUGUGCGUGUGUGUGGUUGGUUGUAGGUGUCUAUAAAAAUAAAAGCAGAAUGAGCAGACGCGUUCGGGCAGCGCGAUAAGCGGGCAGGAGAGAGUGCACCAGCGGGGUGUGAGAAGGUAAUGCCGAAUUGAUGGAGGCGGUUGAUCCUCUCCGCCUGGCUGAACUGAAGCGUAAAUAAAUUCUGCUGCUCGGGAGAAAGACUGCGUGUGCUACUGCCCACCACUACUAUCAACCGUGCCCGUCCGUCACAAAGUGUGUGGCUGUGUGUGGACGGCGUGGAGCGCCUGACGUUUCGCACAUACGAUUCCUGCUCGCACUUUGCCUUACGGUCGCUGCCGUUGUGUGUUGACUGCACAAGGGGAACCCAAAACCCAAGCUACCCGCCUGUGUGCGCGUCAAAUGUGCUUCCCCGUGUGCGUGUGCGCUGCUCGUAGUAUCGGCUCGACUGUCAAUCUUCAAUCAAGUGUGCGGUCCCGCGGGGGAAUGUGCCACUGACGCUGAGCCUUUCCCCUCACUGCUGUGGCCGUUUUGUCAAGUGCGCCGUAACGAUGCCACUGUACUCGGAGCUGUACCACAACUUCGUCGGCAACACGCCGAUCAUCCCGUCGCCGAUGGUGUCGGUCGGUUCGUCCACCUACAGCCCGCCGACGUACGUCGGUGUGUCGCGGGCAUUCCCGAAUCCGCUGUCGGUGGCCGGGUCCCGCACCGCCCCCUCCUUUGCCCGCGGCUACGUCCCGAAGCUGACACCGAUCACGGAGACGCCGCUGACCAGCACCCGCAUCGCGGCGCUGGGGCGCGUCAGCUCGCCCAAGUUCCUGGCGGGGGCGGGCCAUCACCACUCCCACCACACCCACGGGCAUACGGGCUCGCCCACCUACCAGAAGCCGCGACGCAUCAUCAACACGGCCGACAUAGACGUGUCCGCGUCGAAGUAUGCGGGCAGUGCGCGCAGUCCCGCCCUGCACACCACCACCACUAUUGCCGCCUCCGUCAGCCACCGGGCGAGCUCGUCACCGACCAGCUACACCGGCCGGGCCGGCAGUCCACCCGACCACCCACUGAUUGGCACCAGCGGUGGCGUUAUCAACACCACCACCACGAUCAACCUGGCGGAGAUGGAGCGGCCCACACUGUCCGCGCGGGACCAGGAGCUGAGCGAGCGGAGCGAGCAGCGGCGCGCCCGCUCCACCAUCAACCGGAACCGCACGGUCGUGCGGCUGAACACGAUCCGGGCGCGCAGCAAGUCGCGAGGCAGCCGGGGCAGUACCGAGGGCCGGGACCGGCACGCCCUCCCCGACGCACCGACGACCGAGCCGACGUUCGACGAGGAGAUGCUGCUGCUGGAGCUGCCGGCGGUACGGCCCGGCGGCACCACCUCCUCCUGGCGGGACAACUUCCGGGACGAGCUGUCGCUGCGGCCGCGCACCCGCACCGAGCCGAGCAAGUCCCCCGGCGAGCUGCUGCUCGAGAAGCAUCUCAUCCGGGACGGCGAGCCGGGCACGGUCGAGCCCUACCCGCCGACCAUCCGGUCCCCGGUGAUGAAGCGGCGCGGCACGAUCCGGCGCAAGAGCGCGGUGAAGAUACCGAGCUUUCACGAGAUCUGCGCCGACAUCAGCUCGGACAAGCUGGACGACGAUCUGAAUGCGGGCGAACUGCGACGCCGCGCCUCCCAGCUAAUCGAGGACGAGCUGCUCCAGUUCCAGGAGGAGCUGAAGAAGGCGGCCGGCGGAGCGGCCACCCUAGCGCCCGACACGCUCGAGGAGCGGCUGAAGGAGGCGCUCGAGCAGCAGCUCGCCCAGGACUCGGGCGUGGAGGUGGCGGAAAAGCGCAAACUGAAGAAGAUCAAGCGCACCCGAACGAAGGUGCUGCCGGUGGCUUCGGUGGCAGGGGCGGAUGUGGAGGCCCCGCCAGAACCGAAGAGGGAGGAGGAGGAAGCGGUGGUGGUCGUGGAGAAUGCGGUAGCGCCGCGAAUCGUAGCCGAGCUGGAAUCAAUCGAGGAGUGCACCGUGUUCAAGCUGCCGAAGAAGAAGAAAAAGCAACCGGACGAGGGCGGUCCGGCCACCGGUCCCGGCGGGGCGCGGAAGGACGUGCCAGAGGUGCAGGUCGUCAUACGGGACCAGCCGGAACCGAACGGAGCGCAGGGCCCGUCGAAGCAGGCUUCGACGGCCGGCGCCAGUGAGGCAACUGUCGACGGGGCGGGCCCUGUUGAUGCGACGACACCGCGCAAAACGGCCAAAACCGGCAUCAAGACGUACGUGCGGAAGAAAACGGUUGAAGCACUGCCGGAACCGGUGCAGGUGGAGACGGUGAAGCUCGUGGCAGAGCCGGAAGGGAAAGUUAAGGUAGAGCCGACGUCGAACGGGCUGGCGAAAUCCAUCGAGAUGCCACCCCGUCAGAAGAUCCAGGCAAUGGACCGGUCCGUUGAUAUGGGUGAAAAGCCGGCAGCGAAGAAACAGUCAGACAUCCCGGCGAAACUGGGCGAUGACAAGAGCUCCGAGGAGGUGAAACGAUGUGUUGAAGGAUCUUCUGUCACCACUGUCGAUAGUAGCCAAGCAAAGCUACCGGAACGGAAGGUCCCAACUACUGAGGCCAUCAAGCUGGUGACCAGUGAGAAGCAAGAAGUGACGCCGAAACAAACAGCUCAAUCAAUAGAGGUUAAAAAGAUGCCAUCCAGUGAUCCUCCGAUUCCAAAGCAGCCUGAAUCACUCGCAAACCUUGCCAAGAAACCGACAAUGCCUUUGCAAACAGAUGGCAAGGUUCCACGCACAACUACCGAGGCAUUGAAGCUCGUGAACAAUGCGAAGCAAGAAGUGGCACCGAAACAGGCAGCUCAAUUACCAGAAGUUAAAAAGAUACCACCGAGUGAACCUCCGAGUCCAAAGCAACCCGAAUCUCCUGCAAGCUUGGCGAAGAAACCGGCGACGUUGGUGCAACCAGACAGCAAGACAUCAGCUACGGUGACUCCCACGAUUGCCCGGACCGACCAACAGCCAACCAAUGAAUUAAUCAGCAAGCUGAGUCAACCAACCAAACCCAAACUAGAGCAACUGCCGGCAGAGCCGGCAAACAAGUCGCCACUUACCAAACCGAAGAUCGACGAAACCCCAGCAAAACUCGCACCGGCCAAACUGGGCCUGGUGCGCAAGAAGCCGACCGACCUGAAGCGGUCCACCGACGAGGUAGACUUUUGGAGCACGAUCGGCACACGGGAGACGGUGUCGUUUGCACGCCGCAAGCAGCAGCUAGUAGCGCUUCGCUCGACCGAGGAAGAGGAAUCACCGCCGGCAUCGCCCAGCCAACCGUACCAAGGUAUGCCGGGAUCACCGAAGGUUGGGCUGGUUGGCAGAUCCAAGCUGCAGGAAGCCCAACUGGUUGGAAGUCCCAAGAGCCCGACGGAGGGUAAAAGUGUGUUCACGCUUCCCGACCCGAAAGCGGCUGAAGAGUCGGCAAUGUUGAAGGGGGGUCUUGCGGCUGGAUCGAAACCUCUGGAUGCAAAGCUGGUACCGAUACCGGAGCCGCUGGUUCCGAAGGCGCUCACUACGACACCACCUGAGACGCCCAAACUCAAGCCGAAGCUUAACUCUUCCCUCACCCUGGACGAGACAGCGCAGAAAGUGAAGUUGCCGGAAGAGAAAACAGUUCUGGAGUCAGUACCGACCAAGGCUAAACCUUGCACACUACCGGGAGCGUCUUCGUCGAAGGAGACAUCUGAACCGAUAGCUCCGAAAGCGGAAGUACCAACAGUUGCCGAAGCAUCUGCAACAAACGCAAAAGCAUUGGCUGUGCCAGAGCCAACAUCACCCAAAGUGAAAGUAUCAGCCACUCCAGAGCCUACAUCGCCGAAAGCAAACGUACCAACAGUUCCAGAAGCUACAUCAACAAAAGCGAAACAAUCUAUCGUGCCAGAGACAACUAACACAAAACCAAAAGUACCAACAGUUCCGGAGCCUUCCUCGCCGAAAGCAAAGCAGCCUACUGCUCCGGAGCCUUCCUCGCCGAAAGCAAAGCAGCCUGCUGCUCAGGAGCCUUCUUCAGUGAAAGCAAAAGUGCCCACUGUUCCGGAGCCUGUUUCACCGAACACCAAACAACCCAUCGUUUCGGAGCCUACAUCUCCAAAAGCAAAGCAAGCUACUAUUCCGGAGCCUUUCUUACCGAAAGCAAAGGUUCCUACUGCUCCGGAGCCUACUUCACCCAAAGCGAAAAUACCGACAGUUCCGGCACCGACUUCACCCAAGUCAAAGCAACCCGCCGUUCCGGAACCGACUUCACCCAAAUCAAAACAACCGUCCGACGCCGAGCCUUCAUCGCCGAAAACAAAGCAAUCAACGCUCCCAGACAAACCGUUGUCCAAGGUUAGCCUCGCCAAAGUGCCUGGCGGACAGGAUGCAAUCCCGAUCGCUCCACUCGACACCAAGAAGCUGUCCCCGAAGGAGCUGAUCAAAGCAAUCGCUCCCAACAUUGCAGCCGCAGCCGAAAAGAGGCUGGCCCAGGAGAAAACCAAACCCAAAGAGCCAAAGCCCGAGCCUAUCGGUCCCACCACCAGCCCGACUGGCACAACCGUGCCGGUAACUACCACGGCGACUGCUGGUCCGACCACCGAUGGGAAGCAGCCGGACGAACCGCCGACGAAGAAAGUGAUCGCCAAGAAGGUGGUGAAAGUGGUGAAAACGAAAGUAACGGCCGGUUCCAAGCCAAAGCCCGAACCGGAAGCGGAUGUACAGGCCGAGCGCGAGCAGGAACAGCGUCGACUGGCUCAGCAGCAGCAACAACAACAGCAGAAUCUCGAGCGCAUGAAGACGAAGCUCAACCAGAUCACGCUCAACAUGGGCGUCAAGGGGAUGGAGGUGGAGGUGAAGGAAUGCCAAAAAUGCCAAUCGGCGAUAGUGUACGAGGCACUUCCGGUGCCGGCAGCCAUCGUGACGACGCCGAAGAUGACGCCCGCGCCACCGAGCGCAACGUCGAAGCAGCCGAGCGCAAACGGGGCGAAGCUGACGAAGAAUAAAUUCGGCACGCUAGCCAACCUGAGCGACCUAUCAGCAGUGGACGGUCGCGAUCGACACACCACACAAGCAGUGCAAAGCAAACAGAAACCACAGACACCCACAGAGCAACAGCAGCAGCAGCAGAAAGUGUUCCUCUCGAGCAGUGACGAAGAGAACGGGGAAGCAGCGAAGCAGAGACCGGCCGCCGGUGUCAGUGUAGGAGCCCGCGUCGCGAACGACAGUGCCUCGGAGACCUCGUUCUCCGGCGUGGAAGACGACUGGUCAUCAGAGGAGGAGGACGACGAGGACGACGAGAUGGCGAACGAUAAGCCGGAGAAGAAGAAGCCGUUCGAUCCGACCAAGCGCGUCAAGCUGAACUUCGAGCAGAUGCGCAAGUGCUACUCGAAGGAGGAAAAGUCCCCGAUCGUGCUGGUCGCCCGGCCCCGCCCGCUCUGGAAGGUGAAGCGGCACGGCCACCGGCACAACCGGAAGGCGGACCUGACCAGCAGCAGCAGCAGUGGCAGCGGCAGCAGCAGCUGCAGCGAGGACGAAAGCACUAGCACCUCGACGACGACGAGCAGCGGCGCGACGACCAGCACGACCGGCCGCACCUCGUCCGAGGCGGUGUCGACGAUGGACGGUGCCACCUCGGACAUUGCCACCGACAGCAGCGUCAACUCGAGCACCGGCGGCAAGCAGGGCAAGGGGGCGAAGGGCGCCCAGGCGAAGGGCAAGGGGGCCAAGGGCAAACCGGACCCGUUCGGGGACAUCUACGACAACCCGAUGGUGAUACCGCUGCACGCGGAACCGCGCACCAGCAGCCGGAAGAGCGGCGGCUCGUUCGUGGCCCCGCUCCGGGACGAGAACAACAACACGCCGGCCGACCUGGACGAGGACGAGCGGGCCCGGUCGAUCGGGGCCGGCCACGAGGUGCGCAGCGCCAGCACGAGCAGCCACGAUUCCGGAUUCUACGGCGGUGGCACCGCACCGAUCAGCCCGAAGAAAGCGCUCGAGACGUCCUACACGUACGCCCAGUUCCAGAAGACGGGCAAGCUGACCGCACCCGCCACCGUGAUACCGCGCUUCCGGAAGUACAACGUGGACGACUUCCACUUCCUCACCGUGCUGGGCAAGGGCAGCUUCGGCAAGGUGUUUCUGGCCGAGCUGAAAAACUCCGACUACUACUACGCGAUCAAGUGCCUGAAGAAGGACGUCGUGCUGGAGGACGACGACGUCGACUGUACGCUGAUCGAGCGGAAGGUGCUCGCCCUCGGCACCAAGCACCCGUUCCUGUGCCAUCUCUUCUGCACCUUUCAGACGGACAGUCAUCUGUUCUUCGUGAUGGAGUACCUGAACGGUGGCGACCUGAUGUUCCACAUCCAGCAGAGCGGCCGGUUUCCGGAGGCGCGGGCCCGCUUCUACGCCGCCGAGAUCGUGUCCGGGCUGAAGUUUCUACACCGCAAGGGCAUCGUCUAUCGCGAUCUGAAGCUGGACAACGUGCUGCUCGACUACGACGGGCACGUGCGGAUAGCGGACUUUGGUAUGUGCAAGCUCGAGAUCUACCUAGACAAGCUGGCGGACAGUUUCUGCGGCACACCGGACUACAUGGCACCCGAAAUAAUCAAAGGGCAAAAGUACAAUCAAGCCGUCGACUGGUGGUCGUUCGGUGUGCUGGUGUACGAGAUGCUCGUCGGCCAGUCGCCGUUCAGUGGCUGCGACGAGGACGAGCUGUUCUGGUCGAUCUGCAACGAGAUACCGUGGUUCCCGCACUAUCUCUCCAAGGAGGCGUUGCGAUUGCUCCAGUCGCUGCUGGAAAAGGACGCCUCGAUACGGCUCGGUGUGCUCAACACGAUGGACGAGGAGAGCGACAUCAAGUAUCACCCAUUCUUCAAUAGUAUUAUCUGGGACAAACUGGAGAGACGCGCCGUCGAACCGCCAUUCAAGCCCCAAGUCCGACAUCCACUCGAUACGCAGUAUUUCGACAAGCAGUUCACGCGGGAGCGAGCGCGACUGACGCCCAUCGACCGGAACAUCCUUGCCUCGAUGGAUCAGGCCCAGUUCGAGGGCUUCACCUACACCAACCCAAACAACACGCUGACCAAGAUGCGCGAGAAGCAGAAGAAAAAGCAAAAGAAAAUGUACUUCUGCCCGCAGUGUGGCGAUAUCAAAGUGACGUACAACAUUUUUUAGCCCGUGCAGGCGGCGUUGUGGAGCCAUCUUUUUGUCCUUUUUUUUGUUUUUUAAACUCUAUUACUACCUGUGGCUCGGACCAUUUCGUGCCUUGUGUGUAGAGCGACAAUUGGUUGGUGGGGCGAGGGCGAUUGCGCGGCGAUGCGAUUUGAAUGAGAUAGCGUGUGCGUGCGCGUGCGAUACGUCAGCGUGUCGGUGGCAGAUGGUUGCACCUUGCCAGUGCGAAGCCAAAUUGGUCGCAUGUAGUAAGCGCCAGUAGCAGCAGCGGGCAGCAGCAGUAGCAGCAGUAACAACACCAGACGCCAACAGCAACAAGCAUGAGCAGCAGAAGCAGCAGCAGCAGCAGCAGCAGCAGCAGCAGCAAUAGCAAAGCGUAACAAACAAUGUCGCGAUCGUUACCAACAGUCUGAGCGUGCAGCAGCAGAAGCGAGCAAGAGAGUAGCGACCCAUAAGUAACGGUCCGAGCACGGUCGGUUGUGUGCACUGUGAGCAUUUCGGAGCUUUCGAGGAAGCAAACAGCGAUGGAGCUUGUUCCAUUUUUUUUUAAUUUGCAAUGAUGUUUUGUUUUGAUUGUUCUUUGUUUUGUUGUACCCAACUGAAAGCACAAGAGAAGAGGAUUCGGUGAAGCGAAGGAAGCUUGACUGCAACCCUUGCCAACGCUUUGGAUAGGGGUUGCUGACCCCUUAUCUGGGUGGUUUAACUUUUUAUUGUUUUUUUUUGUUCCUAUUUCCUUGGCAACGCAAGUAUAACCAUGAACCCUUACCUUGCACGGGGUGAAAGAGUUCUGCGCCGAUUUUUUUUUUUUUUUGGUCUUUCUUUCCAAUACUCCCCCCUUCCCUUACUCCUCCUACGCCACCUCUCCAUACCUUUGCUUUGCUCAUCUCACUCGCCCUUUGCCGGACUGUCUACCGAAACCGUGACGCCGAACAAAACAAAACGAAAUGGACAGACCAAAACAAAACAGCAAAAACAAACCCUCCGGACCGAAAGAGAAAAAAAAACCAAACGGGACGAACGAACAAACGCACCAAACGAAGGGCGAGCGGAAAAAGAAAACGACGCGACCGACAACGGCAACGAAACGAAAAUAGCGCCCUUCCUUUAGCGCCCAUUCUUUGGCCUCCUCCUAAUCCCUGAAAACGCACGUCAACGCAAACGCUCUACUGGAAAGGGUAGAGCGAAACCGCGGAAGCACACAGAGCACGGAGCAGGGGGGGGGGAGGAAAGGCUCCCUUCCAUCAUCCUUCACCUUUCCACCAAAACAGCCAACCAACAUAAAGCGACACCCUUUCCAAUGUGUCCCCUACCAGUCUUGGCACCUUCCCACUUUAUUUGGUUUGUUUUUGUCUGUUCUCUCCCUAUUCUCUCUCCCUUCUAUUUUUCGCUUUGUUUUGUUUUCCCCCAUUUUAUUGCCUUUUCCCUUCUUUCUUUUUUUUUUGGUUUUGUUUUGUUUGCUAACCCAUUUCUUCACCGCAACGAUUGGACGCAACAACGACCCGAAUUGGACGCUUCACCCCGUAUCUCAUUCAUCCCUUCCCGAACAUUUCACACCAGCUUGUUUUCCUCUUUCUUGCCUACUUUCUUUCGAUGGCGCUUCCAGCUUUCCAUAUUGGCACUGGUGUGGCACACCAUUCCCUUUUCCCCCUCUCUUUUGGCACAUUAUUCCAUGGAACGAGAGAGUGAUAAUUGAUCUUCUGGCUAUCGUUUCUAUUCCCCCAUCUAUUCUGUUUUUUUUUUUUUUUUAAUUAUUAUUAUUAUCAAUAUUGUUUACAUCUUUUGCUCGGUCGCUCCUGAGUUUGCUCCGAUUUUAAUUCUUUUUUGAACUUUCUUUUCUUUCAUCUUCUGCUUCUUCUUCUUCUUCUUUUUUUUCUUUCUCUUUUUCCCUUUCUUCUUCUUUUUCCAAAUGCUUUCCGUUGUCGAUGUUUUCUAUUUCUUUUACCUGUAUUGUGUUUUUUUUUAUCUUGUCCUACUUAAUAUAUAUUUUUGAUACUUUUUUUUUUAAUUAUCCCUAUUCGCGCACAAUGAAAACAAAACUGAUUUGUGUUUUUUU